AUGGCAGACUCCAAUGAAACAAAACCUGAUCUAAAGUGCAGCCACGCUCUUGAACUAACCUUUUGGAUUCUCUAUGGAUGUGUCGGUGUUGUGACAUUCACAGGGAACAGCUUCACCUUUCUUGUUUUUGUUACAUCAAAGAGGCUGCGACAAAGCUACAUGAACGUAUUUUUACUCAGCCUUGCAGUCGCUGAUAUAAUGAUGUCCACGUUUGUUGUUCCAUAUAACGUGCUCUGCAAUGGUUGCUCGGAAAGCGCACCUCAAUUUUGCUGGCUUAUGGCUGGUCUUAAGGACAUUGCUUUGGGUGGAACGGUAUUUAAUUUAGCCGCAAUAUCGCUGGACAGAUUUCUGGCGGUAAUAAGACCUUUACAUUAUCACAACGACAUGACUAACACUCGAGUGAUCUACAUUUUACUCGGCGUCUGGUCUUUUAAUUUUAUCCUAGCUGCCAUACGGAAUACCUGGUUACAUACAACUUCACCAGAAGAAGCACUAAGAAGGGACAAGAUUUACAACAGCAUUUUAAUUUUCGCCUUUGCCCUUUUACCUCUCCUUGUUAUGAUAGUAAUGAAUGCAAAAAUAAUCCAGGCUAUUCGUAGGCAAAAUAGACUGGUUCGCCAAGAAACAAUCAGGGGAAACACUGAAGAAGGAAAUCGAGGUUCUCGACUUGCAAGAGAAAGAAGCAGGGCUCGAAGAGGAACUAUAGCCUGUGUAUUUGUCGUGUCCAUCUUUUUUGUUAGCUGGCUACCACUAGGUUUUGUUAAUUUUAGUUUUGUAUUUGGCCGGCGUGAUCUAGUAAGUGAUAGUUUGGUUAAAGUAGCUUGGCUGCUACUUUUGCUUCAGUCGUCGGCAAAUCCUUUUAUUUAUUCUUUUUUUCGUUUUGAAUUUCGACAAGCCGCACACAAAUUAAUUUUCUGCCGAUUUAGAAGAGUCGAUAUUGAGCCGACAAGCCGUUUUUCGGGCACCAACACCAAUUAAAUACAGGAAACGGUGUUUCUCUGGAACUAAAAAAUAUUGGUUCGUAAACUUUAAAAUAAAAGGAGUUUAUUUUGUUGUUUUUUCCUCUCGCUCUCCGACAGUUUAUGUUAGAAAGGUAAAAUACAUAUGGUUUCCUGAAAUGACAGCACACUUGACAGUGAACCAAGAGCGUUAAUCUUUUUCGGCCACUUAAACACUUAACAAACGAAAUUAAAACAAAAACAAAAAACAGCGUUUCUUCAAAAUAUUGGUUAGUAAAUAAACUGUAAGAUUAAAGCCGACUUAUUACUGCAACCUUUUUUUUUCUCUUGGUUAGACUUUGAGCUAGCGUAAAAGGCGAUUCGCGCUCGUCUUGCGCUUAGCGCGAAAUGCCGCGUUUGCCUCGCUUGGCUCAUAAAAGUUCCUGUUUUGCAGGCUAGGUUAAACUAAAAGGUACAAUGUUCAUGUACAUUAUAUCCUUAAGUGACACAUCAGUCGAUGUUGAGCUGACAAGUCACGGUGGUCGGUUGCUAGGGCUUUUGCUCCCAUACCUCUCAAAACUGAGAGUUUAAGGCCAUAGAGAGAAGUAAAAUGCAUCGAAUGUAACAAAACUUGGCAAGGAAGUAAGUUGAUAAAUUACCUAUUUAUUGGUGUUUAUUUCAUCCCAUGUGACUUCUAUUGUGACGUCAUAAAUGAUGUCCAAAGUUGGCAUCAGAAGGAAAAUUCAGGAAAGAAAUGCUAAAAAUUUUACAUUAGUUUUCUGUAUAAAAUUCUAUGAUUUCUGGUGAAAACCCCAUCUCGAUCGGAUGAAAAGGCGCAAAGUUACAUUUACUUAAAGAAAUUCAAAUUUCCCGCCAAAUGACCAUAUAUGGUCAAACUUUAGGGGUAUUUUAACGUGAAAACAAUGAAGGUAGUCGCAACAGAGAAAAGACAAAUUUGCAUAAAAACAAAAUUGUAGUUUUUUGAGUUUAGGAUGUGUGGUCUAUGACGCGUAUUUCGUCACGAAUUACGUCAGUUUGACGUCAUAAUGACGUAAUUUGUGACGAAAUACGCGUCAUAGCACCACAUAUGCCGAAUUAAAAAAACUACAAUUUUGAUUUUGUGCAGCUUUGUCUUUUUUCCGUUGUAAAUACAUUCAUUGUUUUCGCGUUAAAAUACCCCUAAAGUUUGACCAUAUAUGGUCAUGAGGCGGGAAAUUUGAAUUUCUUUAAUUACCUGUAACUUCACGCCAUUUUAUCCGAUUGAGAUGGGGUUUUCACUGUAAAUAUUGUUUUUCUGUAACAUAAAUGUUUGUAGCUUUUUAAACAUUGCUUAUCAAAUUUUUAACUUUGUUACUUAAAAUAGGUGUCACUUAUGACGUCAUAAUUUCAAGAAAAGUCAAAAAUACCUUUACAAUUGUAAAAAUUUAAAGAAAACUUUUCUCCAAUUAAGAUGUUCUAAUGUUUUGCUUCAUUUGAAAUAUAAACUACCCCUCUGUAAGCCAGAAAUCGAAUUUAAGAACCAAACGGGAGCAAAAGCCCUAGCAACCGACCAUCGUGAGUCGUUUUCGGCUUCUUUUUGCAGCAAAUGGAGUUAGAAAAUUAGUACACUGUAUACACGGUUGUUUUCCUUCCUCUUGAACAAAAUUACAAACUUUAAGAUAAACACAUAUUGUAUAUUUCCUGAAAUAUUUACAAGUUAAAAAAAUGUUGCUUUAUAUGAACACACACAACACAAACAUGGUUGUUCUUAAUCGGAUACAGGUGUAGCUAAUAAAGUUGUUACAAUGCAGAAUUUCGUCAGUAUGCGUCGACCGCCAACCAGUUUAUGGAUAAGCAAUGACGCAAAACCGUUAGGUGCUAGAUAAGUAUGACGCAAGAUUAUUAGAUAUAGCUCGCGCCGGGUAGUUUUUUCUCGUUAGUUUUUUUGAAACAUUAGGUUUCCUUUUCAUAUAACCUUUUUCGUAAAGCCGAAAUUAAAAGUUAGAAAAGGUUGAGACUUUCUUUUCCUUAUACCCCUCUACGUGAUAUUUUUUUACUUAAAAGACUCUCUUAAACUACUAAUCUUAAUUGCUUUUUAAGAAACAUCUUCAGAAUCAGAUUUACGAUAACCAGAAGCAAAGACGUUGCAGAAAAAUCAAUUGGGCGCCUUUUUUCUGAUUAUAAAUGAAAGUGCAGAUACGAAUUUGUCACGUAAACAAAUUAAGUAAACAAAGGCUAUACAUUCGAGUAAGCGAAUUAUUGGUAUUGUUAAUCCAAUAACAGUUUGCUUCGAGUUCUUCGAUUUGCUAUAAGCGGUGUUUGUGGCUUAGAAGUCACUUUUACGUUGCAUGGUCGCCAUUUACUCAUUAAACAAGGCAGAUCCAAAAAUGCACCUGUUUUUCCUGAUGAUCAUUUCUGCUAAAAAUUUAGAUUGUUCGUUUUCGAGUGGUUUUCGAUAGAUAACCAGAACGUCUUGGCUAGCAGUCCUAUUUCUGUAGACAAUUAACUACCACAAUUGCUUCCUAAUACUAUUCCGGCUAGAAUAUGCUUGAAGUGCCCUGGCAUUAUCCAAUACUGCGCAAUAAGAUGAACUUAUUUUUUUGUGAUUUCUUUCAGCUGUUAGCCGACGUCACAGAGACAUUUUGCAAAGAACAUUUAUUCAAAUUAGGUUCGUCAUUUUAACGUUUGUGUUUCCAAACAGAGAUGGUUAUAAAUAACUAAAUUGUUUUUCUUUUUAGUCUAGUCCACACCACUCUCUUUCGCAGUCGUUUUUGUGACCACUGCGCAUGCGCCAGUUGUCACUCAGUUGCCAUCGAGUUAGUUUUCCGAAAGUAGGUAAGUAACUACCAAUAGAAUAUACUUCAGAGCAAAUCAGCAUACUUACUUUUCCGAAAAUAAGUACUGAGUAACAAUAGAGUAUACUUCGGAGCAAAAUCAGCGUGCAAAGAUAACCAGUUUUCGGAUGGAAUCUUUCGUCGAUGGUCCUCUAUGACAAGCGAAAUGCUCGGCUGCCUCGUGGUCUGCUUUGAUAGCUAGUGUAACCGAAUGAAAAGGCAAUGAAAUACAUCUUUUCGAGAUUUUGUUCUUUAAAAAUUCUAUCUAAAUGAUCUUUCUGUUAUUACAGUUAAUCGACUUCAAAGGGCUGUCAAGGUGUAAAUUUCUGAGGUUCCUAUCCGGUCUUGUGAGUAUUCCUACGCCAUGUCAAGAAAGAUCAAAAGUCUUACGAAAAUCUUCUUACGGCUGCAAAGGAGACUAGAUCAUUUGCAGCGCAUUGUAAAAAGGACAUGUUGGAGUGACUACGUGUCCCGCGUUGACCUUUCGCUAUCAUUUCUAACGUUACUUAAAAAAAGUUGGUAACAUUGCCAAUGUGUUGAUCAUACUUCAUCAUUUGACGAAGUUGUGCGCAUUCAUGGGAAAGGUGAAAAAUGCGUUACGAAUCAUUGAGAAACGUUGCAAUGCAUUUUAAAGCAUUCAAAUACAUUUUACUCUUCAGCAGUAGUCACACGCGCUUCUGGAGCGCCUAUUUUUCUAGUGUCCCGUAACUCUCUUUUCCAGCAUUGCGUUGCGGGAGACUAUAAAGUCCACACACACUAACGGGUCCUUAUAAUUUUGUAAACGCGCACCGGAAAAUUGGCGUUUACGGAUUUCUAAAGUAUAAUCGAAAAUUUUUUCGUUUACGAUCUUAUCUAUUCGGGAUUUACGAAGCUGUCGUUACGUUUCCUAUUGCUCAGGUCAAGUGGACGAAAUCCAUAGUCAGAUGUAUCAGUCAUAUGGUCCUUUGAUAGUGAUAAACCACACACAACCCACAAUCCCUUGAUUCGUUCUGACGAGGGGCUACCCAGUCGAAACCUUAAACGAAACUUUUAGGAUGGUAAAUUAUCAAUCAACAACUUAUGCUGACACAACCUCUCAGUCUAGUGUUGUUCAAUCGAUUUCUCGGGACGUAACAACUAAAAGAAGUAUCAAAUGAAUCUAUAAGAAGAAAAGAAACAGAAUCGACAGCCAAUUUUAUGGUUAUAUUUUCGCGGUUCUACGAUCGUUCCAGAGACAAAAAAUCUAAAUCGGGUAUUAUUUUUCCAUAUUGCACUGUUUUUUUUUUUAAUAAGACCUAAGUAUUUGCUAAGUUUUAACAAAAAAAACUAUAAAUCUAUUAGAAGAAAACUUAGAUAGUAUUGUUAGCUAGCAUUUUUCCCAAGAUAGCUAAGGUUAGGCCUAUGUCAAACGUAGAACUUUUUAUGAGACGAACCAAACUUAGUGAAUUAAGUUCAUGAAAAUUUCGACGUCUAUCACAGUUAAGUUCGUCUGAAUGAGUUUGGAUCGUCUGAAGCAGACGGAUAGAAAGUCUGAAGAUCGUCGCUGGGACAAACGUCGACUUUCACAUGCGACAAACUAAACUAAUACAUUAUUAAGAUUUUUUAUUAUUCAUUCAAAAUAUUUCCCCGAUUCUGGUUGACUAAAACCACACGCAUAAUUCCAGCUACUAAUGACCAAAUUUGGAAGACUUUUUUGUUUAAUAAACCGAUGACUUCAAAAGUGCAGUUUUCUUGUUUGUUAAUGCACCAUUAACCGAGAAGACCUGGGGACGAGGAUGAGUUGUUUUGGUUGUGAAAACAAAAAUGGUGGACAUUUCACUAGUUUAAAGAGUGAAAAGUAGGCGAAAUAAUAGCUAAAAACAUGGCAAGAACAGCAAGAAGACAACUCGAAGGGCGACAUUUGCUAUUUGGAGAAUAUUUUCGGUGCUGAACAUCCCUAAACGUGCACUAUCGAAGAUGAACUUAACAUCGAUGGAUCGAUGGAGGUAAGCAUGUUUUAGCCACGUUUUUAAACUAGGAAUUAUUUUGAGUGAAUAAUAAAACAAUUAUUGAAUUCGGCUUUCGUAUCAUGUGAAGAAUUAUGGAGAUCUCGGAUAAUUCUUCAUAAGAUACUCAGCCUCAUUUAAUUGUUAAGUAUGAUAAUAGCCUCGUUCGGGAGAAAAUUAAUCAAAAUUCACUUUUUGGUCUGACGUUCGACCUCUGACUCAACAGAUGAUCUUAAUUUAGGUCAACCCAAAUGAGAGUUUGGUUCGUGUCAUGAAAAGUUCGGCGUUUGGCCUAGGCCUUAGCUACAGGCAGCUAAGGUUAAUGCGGGGAUAAUGAUGUCUUGGUCGAGUCCGGCGGGUUUAAAGAGGUUUGCACAGGCCUAGGAUUUAUUCUCAGUAAUUAUAUAGUCCAUACAUGUGUUACAUUGCUUCAUUUUUAUCUGCAGCUGUACAGUUAAGGCAAAGUGUUUUAUAAAACUACCAUAGAUUUAUCACUUACCAAACUUACUUGUUUGCAGGAUAGGUGUCUUUCACAUUUCCUCUUCAUUAUUCAGGCGUAAGAAAAAAAAAAUUAACAGAAAAUUACUAAGUUCUAUUGCUCCGCUGUUUGGUCACAGAACUUAUUGGAGGUGUAGUAUGAACAAUUUCGUUCUUGACGGUAGCAUCGAAACAAGUGGCUUCCUAAGCUUCCAUAUGGCCUAGUUGAUUAAAAAUAUCCUGAAUUAGACAUAUAACUAAACUUCUCCUUUAUUAAUGCUUGACAAUACUAUUUUGAACGUAAGGGGAAUAUGUAUGUGCAUCAGUGCGUUAUUAGAUUAUUUAUUCAGCUUAUUUAAUAUCUUUCCGCGCCAAGAUGUCAUUUUUAAUGAGGUAGCCUUUUCCUUUUGAAAAAACGGCCUCGAUCCUUUCAAACUUCAAAAACUCUUACGAUACUUCAAGGGGACACAUUGCCGGGGAUAGAGCUCGACAGCGUCUUUCUUUUGUUUCGUUUUUCUUUGACAAAAUACCCCAAAUCUACUUCUAGUAGUUCCAAGGAUAGAAAGGGAAGAAUGGACAUAGACCCGACAUUUCUUAUCAAUAUGUCCAACGCCACUACCUUGAGAAAAUUCCCUACAAGAGAAUAUACAUCUGUGCGAUGUCAAAAAGAUUUAGAAAGCACCUUUUGGAUUUUAUUUGGCGCCCAAGGAGUGAUCAUUCUUUUCGGGAACAUAAUUACGGUCAUUGUAUUCCUUUCAAACAAGAAACUGCGGAGAAGCUACAUGAACAUCUUUCUUGUCAGCCUGGGUUUUGCAGAUAUCCUGAUGGCACUGCUUGUCAUUCCAGGUCACGCUAUAUUCUGUACGGGAUGUCAAUACACUAUAACAAAGCAUUGUUGGUUUAUUGGUAGUACAAGAUUCGUGGUUUUUCCAGCAACAAAAUUCAAUCUUCUCGCCAUAACUUAUGAUCGCUACUUAGCCGUGUUAAGGCCACUACAGUAUCAGGUUAAAAUGACAGGAAAACGCGUCAUCUCAAUACUUCUUCUUGCAUGGACUCUACCCAUCGUACUAGCUGUAUUAAGAAACGCUUGGCAGCAUACAUCGUCGCCGGAGAAGUCGCUGUAUGUCGAUCGUAUUUACAGCACAGUGUUAAUAUUCGCGUUUGUUGUGGUGCCAGUGGUGUUGAUGGUGAUUGUGAAUAUACUUAUAGUGCAAGCGAUCAGAAGACAAAGAAGAGGGGAAGACAAUCGCGCAAAGUUAUUAAGACGUAACAGAGGCACAUGCAAUUUAGGUCAAAAAGAAAACUGGAAUGAAAGACAUCUGAUACACAAAGGAACAGUAUCGUGCAUUUUAAUCGUUCUGAUUUUUGUUGUUUGCUGGAUACCAAGGGCCUUUUAUAACUUUAGCCAUGUGUUUGGUCGGCCUGACAUGGUUUCUCCGUUAUUGGAAAAACUGUCAUUGUUUUUCCUUUUUUUACAGUCGGCAGUAAAUCCUGCCAUUUACUCAUAUUACAGGGAUGAUUUUAAAAAAGCUUUACUGGAUUUGCUUUUGAGAACCUAAUUAAAAAUAGAGAUUCAUAUUAGGUCAACGCCCCUCAUUUCCUUUAGUUCUUCAAGCUUUCAAUUUUGUAUGUCAUCAUUGACUCACACAAAUGAGACAUGCCAUUAUAUCAUUGUUACAAAUUGACUGUCUCGUCUUAACUUGUCUUUAUGAUUUGCACAGUGCACAUAUCAUGAGCAGUCAGCUGUAGUUAGACAAACUUGGAAGCAAUUAUUUGAACGAACUGAAGUAAAUUUUGCCAUUGGGCUAGGUGGCGUUGAAAUUUCCUCUUUCUCAACCGUUGUAAGGUAUUCAGUAAUUCUCCAUUUGUGGAAAAUACAGUAUAAUUAAAUCAACUCUACACGAGAAUCAAAUUUAUUACGUUAUUUACCGCAUCGACGCGGAAAUAGUAAAAUUAAAAGUCAGUUUUCAUGCUUGAGGAAUCUGAGGAAUAAAAUCUGUUGGCCAUUUUCCCUCUUUUGGGUACGCCUUGUUAUUACUAAAUUCUUAAUAUCGGAAUAUUUCUUUUAACAUAAUAUUAACUAAUGGAGUGGAUCCACACCGUGAAGUUAUGGUACCAUUAUACGCAAUAAAACGAAUCAAAAAAGGGUAAUUCUUAAUCAGUUUAUGUCCAACCGAAUGACCGAAUCCGAGGUCUGAAGAUGUCUUGGCUUCAAUGUAAGUAUAUUACUUCGUCGGCCCCACCAACUCCAAAAGAUCACGGCUUUUGUGACGAGAAUUCUUACUUUUUAAAGGAGAAUUCUUUCCUUUUAAUUGAAAAUUCUUGCUCUCUAAUUUAGAUCCGUUAAAAAGGUCUAAAUUGGACGCUUGCUUACUUUCCACUAGCAUUUUGUGGCCAAAAUUAAAAGUGUAAAAAUUUAACCCCAUUGAGACCCCUCACUAAAAAAGUUUAGUAACUUCAAAACCGUUCCAAACUUUGCGAAUUUUCCCAAAAAUUAUCUGGAACAUUUUAAAGUGGUGGUGAUUUGUAUGUCAACAUUACCGUAACUAUGUCAACGAACUUUUGAGAGCAAAGUUUUUCAAACUUUGCUUUUUUCCUAUGCAAAAAGGUUUACUUAUAUUUUAACUCACUAGUAAUAUAUUUUUAGCUUAUUUCCACUGUUGGUGUAAUCCAGGCAUUUUAGUGACCGAUUUGAGAAAAUAAACAUGAAUUCAAAAUGACCAAAUGGCAGAUGCUUGGUUCAGUUUUUUUAAAACAAUGUUCAUUUUUCUGGGAAUUUCAUAACUUGUGGAUUUUGGGGCUUCCUAUAAGCAUCUUUUAAAAACAGAUCAAUUUUUCUAUCACUGUUUCCCCGAUUUAUACGUGUUUUAAGUAAAAUGGAAUGCAUUUGAUCAGUUCAAAAUGGCGAAUCCAAUAUAGCCGAAUGUUCGCUUUUGAAUAGUUAAUGAUGUCAUUAUGACAUCACUGCUUCUGUUAAAGAUUAUUGAUGUGUUAGCCAACCUUUCCAUUUUUUCAAACACCUAACUUUUCAAAGUAUUUUUCGCCUUGAGAGAAAAAAUUAGUGGAAUUCUGCAAAUAAAUUCAACAAUAUGCGGUCAUAUUCACGUUAAAUUUUAAAAGUAAUUGUAGCAAUCACGGGAUCAAGUUAUGCCUAGAUGUUGUAAAAGAUGAAUACGUUAUUCUUUAUAAUUCUGAUGGCCUUAUCAUUUAUUUAUGUAUUUAUUUAUUUAUUUAUUUCAUUUCAUUUCAUCAUUUUGAGUCAGUCAGAUUGUAGUAGUUAGGUCUCUCGUCAGGUCUCCAGCAACCGGAUCUAGAAGCGGAGUCGACGUUUCACCAAUAUGAUUGAAUAAACAUAUGAUUCCUCCAGGUGGGCUAUAAAUAGCAACUCUACCGAUUUGUGCGCUCGGUAUAAUUAUAUGACGCCGACGUCAAAAACUUUGACUUUUCUUCUUCAAUUAAGUAAAUUACUUUUCCGCCUGCUAACAUAUUUUAAUUUCGAGAGUUGAAGAGUAAUAAAACACCCUGACAGGGAGCUUAUUAAAAGACAUCUUAUUGUACUGAAUUGUUGGACACUGUUUGAGGAAGAUCUCCUUGCCACCUACACGUAUACUUUGAAAGGAAAGCGUGUUUUCAACUUAAUUUACUCUGAAAUGUAAAUAAAUAUGGUAUAGUUAUACCUGUCAAUAUUUAUGUAAAUAAUGUAAAUAAAUAUGAUAUAGUUAUAGUACCGCUCGGUAUAAUUAUGUGACGCAGACGUCGAAAACCGGUUGAACUCUUCUUAUUCUCAUUCGCUAAAGUAAAUAUAAUCACUUUUCCGCCCGCUCACAUAUUUUAAUUUCGAGAGUUAAAGAGUAAAAAGCCAAACAGGGAGCUUAUUAAAAGACAUCUUAAUGUACUGAAUUGUUGGUUACUGUUUGAGGAGGACUUCCUUGAUAUGAUAGUCGCCACCUACACUUGUAGUUUGAAAUGAAAGCGCGUUUUCUAGUAUAGAUUUACUCGGAAAUCGGUAAAUAAAUAUGGUAUAGUUAUUGUACCGUACGACAGACUAAUAUAACCGAAAUUUGAAUAAUAGCUAACGCAAAUAUGACAGUUAUUAGAUUAUUAAUCUGCUGCCCAUGCUCAACGGAGAAACACAGUGAAUAAGCAGCCAAUUUUACGAUUACGGUUAUAUUUUCGAGCGUUUAAUUUAUGACCCCUCCAGGGAUAAAAAAAAUCUAAAUCGGGCAAUAUUUUUCCAUAUUGCACUCUUCUUUUUUCAUAGCAGACCCAUGUAUUUGUUGUGUUUGCGAAUUGACUCGAUAAGGUGUCACUUUAUUUGCUAGUUUUUGCAAUAUGUGUACCUUGUUAGGAUAAAGUUGAUGCCAUUAUGUGAAUAAUAUACUGCUAUAAUGGCGCGUUCGAUUAUAGAAAGACAAUAUUUUUCCAUAUUGCACUCUUCUUUUUUAAUAGAAGACCCAUGUAUUUGCUGUGUUUGCGGCUUGACUCGAUAAGAUGUCACUUUAUUUGCUGGUUUUUGCAAUUUGUGUACCUUGUUAGGAUAAAGUUGAUGCCAUUAUGUGAAUAAUAUACUGCUACAAUGGCGCGUUCGAUUAUAGAAACACAACUUUUUUAAGCGAAAAGAGUAACUGAUUUUUUUCCAGUACCAACGUUUUGAGUUUAAAAACAUGAGUUUAGAGUUGUAUUAUCUCGUAUUAGUCUAACCAAGAUAGCGAUCAUAGAACACUUUUGAAAGAGAUGACGCGUCAUCUCAGUCUGUCAUAAAGCUUUGUGUUUGGUAUCAGUGACUUGUUUAAAAAACAUGAACAUAAAUAGCAUUAUUUUGAAACCAAUGGACACGUUGAAAUGAAAUGGUGACAUGCUUUGUGUCCUCGAUACAACCAAAACGGGCCUUGGUACAGAACAGCUGUCUGAUUUUUAAUCGUGUAAAGCAAAGGAAAAGUUGGAAGGAUGAAAGAUUAUGAUCCAGGGCUGCUAUAACUUAGGCAUUUCUUUUUUUGAAAAAAAAAAAAAACAAAACAAAACCGACUGAUCGAGAAUCAUGGUCAAGCAAGACUGCGAUACUUCAACAGAAACUAUCUUUUUUAUUGUCUACGGCUUUGUCGGUGCCACGGCGUUCAUAGGCAAUACGUUCGCUUGCGUUGUGUUUCUUCAAACAGAAAAAUUUCGGCAGAGCAAAAUGAACGUUUUGCUGGUAAGUCUCGCCGUUUGGGAUAUUCUAAUGUCUGUUUUUGUUGCUCCGUUUUACGCGAUCUAUUGCGGUCUCGGCUGUGAAUAUCCGCUGAUGGGUUACUGCUGGCUAAUGAGAGGGGCGAAGGAUUGUAUAAAGAUAGGUACAACUUUGAAUGUGUACGCAAUUAUUUACGACCGUUACAUUGCUGUGAUGAAACCGCUUCAAUACAGCUCCAAGAUGACUCCAAAAAAGGUUGCCGCCAUUUUAUCGACAGUUUGGAUCUUGUCGGUCAUAUUGGCUUUGAUAAGGAACAUCUGGCAGCAUAACCACCACAUCGAUAUUCGUUUUGCUAACAAGGUGUACGACAGCAUCAUUGUUUUGGGCUUCGUCGUUGUUUUGGUUAUAGUUAUGCUCAUAACAAAUGUUAAGAUUGUGGCGGCAAUAAGAAAGCAAAGGCAACUAGAAAAAAGACGUUUAAAAAACGGCUGCCACGCAAUGUCGUCUCAAACGCGCAAGGGAACAGUUGCCUGUGUAACAGUAGUUCUCGUGUUCGUUAUUUGCUGGAUACCAAGAGCUAUUUACAACUUUAGUUUUGUCAUCGAUCCGCCAGGACUAGCAAAUCCUCUAUUCUUCAGAAUAUGCUUCUUGUUUCUGUUUCUUCAGUCAUCGCUGAAUCCAUUCAUUUACUGGUUUUACAGACGCGAAUUCCGCCAGGCAGCUUUCUCAGUGUUAAAAUGUCACACUGUUAUCGAGAGAGCGGAGUCAACUGUCUCGACUUUAAGGACUGUAUCGUUCCUUUCUGAAACAGGUCAGAGCCACCAGCCCUUCAACGAAAAUGAAUCUAUUUCCCAUCUAAGUCAACGGGGACCACCUGAUAUACAGCUGGUGUCAUACAACACUUCACGGGCAUAACAAAUUCUCAAAAGGGAUUUUAAAAAAUGAAGGAACAUUGUAAUAACAUCCUACCUCGUUUGACAAGAACAUUAACUAUCUGACAUCUUUAUCAGUAAAACGAACUUGAUUGUUUUCAGACAAAUGUUAUGGCAAGGUAAAUUUAAAUUUUUUGGUAAAUAGAGUCAUUUGACCUUCAAUGGUAUACCAGGCUAGAAAAUAACUGAAUUGUGAGCCUUUAUCUUAUAAGACGUCAUACGGGAUUUAUAAUUCAUUCUGAACUUUGGGAUCACCUAUUUCUACUGGUCAUUCUCUGUAUUCUCUUUGUAUACUAACACAUUAUAAUAGAUUGUACUCAGCUCUCGGAGAUAACUAAAAAAACUACUUGUAAAGUUUCAUAAUUUUGAAAAUAUUGAAUCUGUAUCUGAUGUUAGAAAACUUGCGUACCCAUUGGUCGGGAAGAUUUCGGUUGAAGUAUACAGUAUACAGUAUACAGCUCAACCGACGUCAUCCAAAAAUGGCGGUCGAGUUACUCUAAAAUAGACUAUUUUUUUUUGGCAAGUCACCUUUGUUAAAACUGAAUAUAAAGUGGAGUAAAAAAAGUCUUGUUAAGGUUUAAACAAUCAAGUACUAAAAAGAAAAGCUUCAUUUCCUUUGUAUGUAUUAUCAGUUUCACUCAACGGUGAACUAACAGAAAGUUGUUGUUGCUGCUUCAUGGUUUCCUUAUUUUUCAUUGCGUUUCUCAACUGUACAAGAAGACAUUCAUAGAUCUCAAAAGGUUCCGGUACCCCAAAUUAUCUGUACGAAAAACGCUUAAUUUGGCCUGAGAAAAAUUUAUAUUGAUCGAAAUGGUUAUAUUAUAUUAUACAAAAGGUAAUCUUGUUCAGUAUCUUUUAAUUGUUUAUUUUCGAUUUUUUUUCUUGAUCUUAUUAGCACAUUGUCAGCUAACGAAAAACUGUUAACUUUUUGUAGUCUAUCUUAAACCUUCGCUUUAACAGAUAGCCUCAAAAAAAAAAAUUUUAGCCCUUAAGAGUCCCAGAAACUCGCUAAAAGUGAUCAGUAUUCCUUUUUGGUGGUUGUUAGAAUAAAUAAAUGACACUCUGGUCAAAAAAACAUGACAGCUGUAAUAAUACUCCGUCUUAAGCAAUAAAUUGUAAAAGAAGACCGUUUAUUUGCUCAGUUGACACUUGCUCUCCUUUUCAAAUCCACUAGCUUUGGUUGAUACAACAUGUACAAUUAACUAAAGCAGAGUCUUGCAGAGUAAAACACGUUCUAACGUACGUUGACUAAAGCUGAAAUUGAAACUAUAUGUAUUAUUUGUGUCUGCUUUUAUUUUUCCAUCUCUUUCUUUUUUCCUUUUCUUUUUUUGAGGAAAUCGAUAAAUGCCAACCAUUCACAGGCACAAUACAAUGCAGAAUUUUUUAGUAAUUUGUUAAAAGUAAAAUACGUAACUCCUAACGGUACAUAAAAUACGAGCUUUUUCCCAAGGUUUUUAUAUACAUCAUUUAUUCAAAUAAUAUUUAAAUAUAGAGAUCCUAAUGGAGGAUGUCAAAACAAUUUCAGUGUAUUUGCUUUCCAUCAUCAUAUUAGGUUGUGCUCAGGAAAUUGGUCGAAUGAAGUUGGAGAACAGGAUCGAUUAUUCGCCGAGAUCGCCAUCUUAUAAGCCUCAAAGCAGCUACCCUAAACUCAGAUCUGUAAAAUGAGUAAAUAAAAGGAUUGGCAGAAGAUUGUAAAAAAAGAAAAAAGAAAGCAAUCUUGAGAAACAAAGGGUUUGCCAAUCCCGGUGGUUUGAUUACAUAGCUGAGGUUGUACACAAUACGAGGCAACCAGCAGGCGAUGUAAACAAACACCACGAAAAUGCAGGCUCUUGUGCCUUUUCUUAGUCUUGUUAGCUCUUCAUCAUUGGCUCUCCCAAGGUGUCUUCGAUUCCGCUCACGUUCUUUGUGAGUUUUGACAGCAAUCAUUAUCUUAGUAUUUACAAAAAGGGAGACAAUGAUUGAAAGUAACACAAAAAGAAACGUUAAGACAAUGUCGUACAACUUGUUCGCGAAACGCAGAUUUUCCCCACUCUUUGUGUGGUGCCAUGCACUUCUGAUUGCCGCCACAGCCACUGGGAGCAGCCAAACUCCACCUAAAAUCGCGGUCACCCGCCUGUUGGUCAUUUUCGCGCCAUAAUGAAGAGGAUGGAUUACUGCCAAAUAUCGGUCGUAUGCGAUUGCGCAGAUGUUUAAUGUUGAUGCUAAUAAAACACAGUCUUUCGUUGCUCUAAAUAACCAGCAGUAAUUCCCGAGGGGAUAUCUACAGCCUCUGCUGCAAAAUACGGCAUAGAAUGGAACAACGCCUAUCGCCAUUAACACGUCCAAACAUGCUAAACUGAUAAGAAAUACAUUCAUGUAACUCUGACGAAGUCGCUUUGAUGAAAGAAAGACCACGCAAGUGAAGCUGUUUCCAAGAAGAAUGAUGGCCCCGAUUAAAGAGUUCAGUAUCCAAAAUAUGACCUCAGUUGUUUUGUGACAAUAAUUAACGUUUGAGGUGAUGUUAGUAGCAUCCGCUUUAUCCUCGAAGUCAAAGAAAUCAUCUAGCUCAGUGUUAUUUGAAAAGGAACCUUCCAUCAGUGACUAACAAUACAAGGAAGGAAUGACCUGACUCUAAUUUUCGAACAUUAACCUGAAGUACGUAGUCUUCCAAAAUUUAUCGACUGUAAGAGAGCAGCACACGAUACUUAUCGUGACCACAACACCAAUGAAAGAUGUUAUAAAAUAUUUGCUUUGGAUGAUUUUUGCACUAUUUGUACAGAAUAGCGCAUUAUUGGCUAAGGGGUGACGUGUUUUAGCCUUUCAUGUCAUUCUAUUGCUCGACAAAUAAGUCAGUUUUUCAUUAGUUCCAAUGAUGAAUAAUCUCAAUGUGACAGGAAAGACACGUAGUCGUGAUCAAUGCGAAGAAGAUAAUUUAACGGUAACCAGGAACAGAUCCUCAAUAGACUUUUAUCUACUAUUCGUUGUACCAGACUUUUUUUGUUUCGCCUGUGAAUUUUUUUCAAAACGAUCUUGAGCCUGAUCCUCUUCUUUUAAUUGUUCAGCAUUCCCAUCAUUCCUCCAACCAUGUCGGCAGUCGGAUGUCAUGGCUACGAGAUAUGACGUCAUAGGAAAUAAAAGGUGGAGCUAUUUUUUAGGAGUGAUUGUUUUUUUGUGUGCGUGUGUGCACCUUUUCUUACUACAGGGAAGUAAAGUAGAGUUCAUUACACGAAGGCUAUUAAUCUUUCCAUCAGAUCAUAACAGAAAAAGAAUGACUGGUCGACAUAUAAUGCUUUCAAUAAAACCGGCCUUAGCCAAAGCGACAUAAAACCCUUGAAUAGUUUUGUUUCAUGGUUGCCGCGAAUGUCGACUUAGGCGAUUUUAUUGUCUAGUCGGUGAAAGUAGAUAGAUAAGAAGAUAGUCGUCUUCUAACUCGUUUUGCCCCCACCUUUCCCUAAUACGUGCCGGUCUAAUUGUGAGGAAAAUAAUUUAGCUUUCUUUGAUCAACAAGAAUUAGUACGUGCACGACAAUAUAGAAACUUGAUGGUUGUAAACAUUUGAAGACGAAAAAAAAAAUUUAUAGCCCACGAAUUUCCUUUCUGUCCGUUUAUUUUCCCGUUCAUAUACAAUCUUUCAAAAUCCAUUGUCGUUUGUCUCUAAAAUUGAUUGGUAAACAAAUUUAAUUGACGGUACUGGCUUUAGCGUUACUUCAGAGUUCAGCUGAUAAAAACACGUUUUAACUGAUUCUUAGAGUAUUUUUGUGGAACACGUACUGAAACUGAAGAGCCACAUUAUUAUAAUAAAAAAAUAUUGCUACAAUAAAAGAUUGAAAGCAUUUUUAUUUACGUAUAUUCAACUCUAAAAUGGCCAUCGAACGCUGAACUAUUUGAAAAUUAAUACACAUCAAGGUGACUCGCCGCUCUUCCAACAUUAGCAGUUUCUUCAAACUUUUCUUAUUGAUCACAGAAUCAUCUACCUACAUUUUCCGUCUUCAUAAAUAUUUACAAUAAAUAUAACCACCUUUUCCUAGGUUUUCUUAUUAGUUUACAUCAUGAUGGUUAAACUGUAAAGUUAAUACAUUAUCGAUAUCCAGUUUCAAAAUUAUUUACACAGAACUGAACUUUUAUUAAAAUACUUGGCAAGAUGGCGACAAUUUUAAAUGACGUCACUUGUCAGCGCGGUGGUGAAUAUUACGCGCGCUGUGAUUGGUCGUUGCCUAUGAUCUACUAUAGUACAGACACACAGAUGACGUCACAGGAAACUCCUUUUCCUUUGUUUUGUCUGACAAUGCGCGAUGUUUGGAAAGUGUUUGUGACAUUAUUCUGUAUUAAUCAAGUGAAAUUAACGACGAUUUGAAAAUGCCUUAAAUGGAAGAAAUCUUCAAACCAGUUACCAUAGUGUGUCAUCGCCACAAGAAUGGAAGAAAUCUUCAAAUCAGUUACCAUCGUGUGUCAUCGCCACGAGAGAGCCCGCGGCUUUAAAACUGUUUGCACGAUUAUUCUGCUUGUAGCAAGUAAUUGGCAUUGGUAAACGUAGGCGUUUAAUCUAAAGGAUUGUUCAAGCCACCUAAAAAACGAUUGCUACACAGGCUAAUUAAGUAAAAACGUCCAACGAGGAAAAUCGGAGCAGCCGAAUUUUGAUGAAAACAUUUCACUUGUAUCCCACUAAUAUCCUUAGAUUACAAUUGACCUAAAAGCAGCGUGAUACAUCCUCAGAGACCCAGGGGCAGAUAGUGGGGGCGAGGGAAAGUCUAAACGGGUGGGAAAAUAUGGCACGAAGAAAAGUAAAGAACGGCGAGAAGAGCCCCUGGGGACAAUGUCUUACCAGACCAGUUCCAAACGGUCGCCGCCGUCCUGGCUUCUGAUUGGUGCCAGAAAACUUUUGUGUUUUUCCGUACCCUGUUGGAUUAAUUAAGGAGUGUUUUUCGAUUGCGUGCCCGAUAUAUAGGACCUACUGUUAUCGAAAUCAGCUCCGCAAACCAAAUAAUUGAAAAACAGUUAUUCAUUGAAUGGAUGUGACCGGAAAUGGUAAAAUUGUUAAACAAUUAGCCUGCUUAGCAGGCGUCGAAAAGGGUAGGGGACAGGAGGAAGGGAAAAAGGAGGGGGAAUGGGCAGAGGGUAAGGGACUCCCUUCCCUUUUCCCCUCUUUCGCGCUUUUCUCCCCUCUUUCGCGCUUUUUUUCUCAUCAACAUAAACCUUCUCCUUAAACAAAUAUGUUCUAUUUUGGUAAAAUUUCGCGACUUCCACGACAACCCUUUUAUCGUAAAAGAACGUUUGAUGCAACGUUUCAGACAUAAUAUCAUAGGUGACGAAUUACUCCUUAAUUUUGGCGCAAAAUUUCAGCGUUAAUUUAUAAUUUCACANGCGUGCCCGAUAUAUAGGACCUACUGUUAUCGAAAUCAGCUCCGCAAACCAAAUAAUUGAAAAACAGUUAUUCAUUGAAUGGAUGUGACCGGAAAUGGUAAAAUUGUUAAACAAUUAGCCUGCUUAGCAGGCGUCGAAAAGGGUAGGGGACAGGAGGAAGGGAAAAAGGAGGGGGAAUGGGCAGAGGGUAAGGGACUCCCUUCCCUUUUCCCCUCUUUCGCGCUUUUCUCCCCUCUUUCGCGCUUUUUUUCUCAUCAACAUAAACCUUCUCCUUAAACAAAUAUGUUCUAUUUUGGUAAAAUUUCGCGACUUCCACGACAACCCUUUUAUCGUAAAAGAACGUUUGAUGCAACGUUUCAGACAUAAUAUCAUAGGUGACGAAUUACUCCUUAAUUUUGGCGCAAAAUUUCAGCGUUAAUUUAUAAUUUCACAUGUGAAAUUACAAAAUUGCCAUGGCAACCCCCCGUAUGUCUCAGUGUAAAGAUGGCAACGAAGUUUUAAAAUGCCGUGAAUGAAGAUGUCAGGGCACAAAAAGACGCUUUAGAAAACCUGAACACACAAGAGAACAUCAAGAAGGAUUCUAAAAGGUAUUUUGCCGAAAAAGUCCGAAAAAUCCUGAACUUUGUAAGCCAGAUUUAAGGUCUAAACAUUUGAGAGAAUGGAGCUCUCGAUCGAAACGAUCCAGGAUAAACAUGUCAAAAAUCCAAGAUUGCUAACGCAAUUCGUCACCCAUGAUAUUAAUAGGUAAUCAAAUGGUUUACUCGUGAAAUUAGGGAAUAAUUUAACUUGCGUUUUGUCCAAAUCCUAAUAAUUUCCCGAGCCUUUGGAAAUUAUUAGGAUUUGGACAAAACGCAAGUUAAAUUAUUCCCUAAUUUCACUCGUCACUGAUUUGAUUACACAUACUAACCGCCUUAGCUUAGACCGAUUGCAAGGAUUAUUAUAUAUUGUAGUUCGUGCAAAGUUAGGAGAACCCUUUCACAGCUUUUUGAUGAGAAUUUGCUUGUUUGUUACAAAACUCUAGUUUUUUUUUCCUGUAUUCAAUAGAGCUUCUCUCUUCCGAAAAUUAUCAGAACAGAACUGAGUUAAAUUCCAUGCCAGGGCCGAAAUUUCAGCAUUGUGCUGCAUUGUGGGAUUGCUGUCGAACCUCCUCUGGUUCAAUGCAAGGCUUUCUGAUUGGUUAAUAAUAAACAUCGACAUUCACAGAGAGCCAAUCAAGUGCGACCUCCCAAUGACGCAAAAGCUUGGUUACACUGAAGAGUUGCGAGCAAAAUUGCACUCAAAAUCUACAAAAAAAACGUAGAUCUAAAAAAAAAAACCUAGCUAUACCGCUCAGGUUAUGCUAAUUUCUGACGAAUUCAACUGCCAACCUCCAUUAAGCGGUCACUUGCCGUCACCCCAAUGGUGGCCUCUUGAUGGCGGUUCUGAACUUAUUCAAUUAUUUACCCCCUUUAAAAAUUCUGUAAAAAAAAUAUUACUCAUUGCAAGAUAUUUUCCUGCUUAGGAAUAACAAUGCAAUAAUUUCAAUAAUUCGAGGAUCUGUAUAUUCAGUUUCACUGGAAGAUGGAGCAUUUCCAUCUUGUGACAUGUUUUUAUCUUUGUUCUAAAAAGGAAAACUUAUUAGUUUCUAGAAGAACAGUAUAUUACUUUGGAACUAAUAAAAGAGUAAACACAAAUAUCAUUGGCCUGCUGAUAUAUGUGAAAUGAAUGCAUUUUAUCAGAUUACAAAAUAAUGGGUUUUAGUUUUUACUGCCACUCGGACAAGAGGCCAAGUAAUGCCAACGUUCGAGUGGAUCUCUGUUGUAUUGCAAUCGGAACAAUAGUGUGUGCUGAGGGGUGAAACUUUAUUGACAGCUCCCCAAGUUACUGUUAGGGUAUAAGCAUAAACUGUGUUACUACUUAAACACUAAAUCAUUGGAUACUGCAAUUCUAGAGCUCUGAUUGGCUUAGCCAUCAUGGUAUGUGAUAUGAUCAGUAGCCAACUCGGGGCAAUGCGCCUCGUUGGCUAUCUACCAUCUCAUAUCCAACGCCCACUCUUGGAAAAACUGUUAAUUGUGUUUUAUAAUUUUUUAGGGAGAUUUAUUUGAUAUAAACGAAUGAUGUUUGUAACUGGCCUGCCAGGAUACCAGUUCAACGCUAACCUUUCGGGAAACAACUCCCCUGGCAAAGCUUUUGUUCUUUAUUGGCAUCAUAUCACUCAAAAGCACCCAUACUGCCUAAUAAAUUUCUUUUAGAGUGAAAUUAAAUUCAAGCCUGGAGGCCUCCUUCCAGCAUUCCGAAAUAAGAAGCUGAAUUAAACAAUUAAAAGAUCAAUUUUUUAUCAAGAGGGGGAAAACUUUAAAAGUUCUUUUUGUUACAGAAUAUGCAAUUAAGGAUGAAAAGACCACUUGGAUGAAAAAGUGUUUCAAUGUCUAUAUUUCAGUGCAAAUGCAAAUUAGGUGUCCUAUAGUGAAUUCUGUAAAAUAGUCAUAAAUUAUGAAAUAGCCGUUUUUAGAAAACCUAGGGAAUUGUCAUUUUCUUUGAGAUACAGAAUUACAAAACAAACACCCUUGUUAUACAGUAAAAAAGGGCUUGGUCAUUUGGCGCAACUGGCACUUCGUCUUAAAGUGAAUUAACCUCUUUGCUUUCAAGGUCAUAGUUUUUUCAGUGACUUGUUUUUAAUCUUCACUCUAAGUAAUAGUUAAAAGUAAAGAAAUUGGCUCAACACGAUGUAUACAAAUCCUUUCUGUGACAAACAAUGGCUAUGCAAAUUUUUUGAAAGUAGUGUCAUUUGGCCUUUCGUUGGAAACUUCACACGUCGUGUGCCUAUAACCAGAUCAGAACAUGGCAAGACUCCAGAUUCUGAGAGAAUCUUAAAGAGAAAUCAAGACACAAUUCUAGAGCAAAAUGGACUACAAACGUGAUCUGUUUAUUAUGAAGAAAUUGUCAGACUCAAAGUGCAGGUAAACUGAAUUAUAUUUUUGCGUCAAGCUUGCGAAAAUGGCACACGUGUGGCCCAAAGAAAAAACGGUUCUAAUUAUGUUAAUGAGAAAAGGAAUUCUUGAACGAUAUUCGUCUCUCUAAGGCGUCAUUGAUGCACCUGGCACAGUAUUUUAAACAAAUAAGAAUGAAAAAUCAUAUGAUUCGAUCAUUAAUUACGAACAUCAUGGAUCAGUACUAACGACCAGGCGAAACAAGAGCAUGGAGAAUCUAACAGAAAAGAUGACAAUCGAGGGCGCAAAUCAAACAUCUUGGCCCACCGGUAACAAAGAAAUAGGAAACUGUGACAAAAAAUUGAAGCAAAUAUUCUGGAUCGUCAACGGAAUUCUUGCUGUUAUUGUUUUAACAGGAAAUGUGUUCACUUGCGUGAUUUUCCUUUCAACCAAGCGACUCCGACAACAACAUAUGAACAUCUUCCUUGUUAGCCUAGCAGUCAGUGAUAUUCUGAUGGCACUGGUGGUGGUUCCAGGUUACACGGCAGUAUGUGCUGGUUGUAAGUACCUUUCGUCUGACACAUGUUGGAUUUUGGCCCAGACCAAAGACAUCGUAUUCAGCUCCACGUUUUGUAGCUUACUUGCUAUUACAUACGACAGGUAUUUAGCAGUGUUGUGUCCCUUACAGUAUAGCGCCAAGAUGACCCGACGAAAAGUGACUGGCAUAAUAGUCUUUAUUUGGGUUUUUCCAGUCCUUGUUGCUAUCGCACGUAAUAUCUGGUGGCAGACGCAGUCAGAAGAGAAAGCAAAGGAGAUAAAUAAGGUCUACAAUGCAAUAUUGGUAUUUAUUCUGGUGGUGAUACCCGCAUUUAUUAUGACGUUUGUGAAUGCGCUUAUUUUCCGUGCCAUUCGAUCACAAAGAAGAAGGAUUUUUCCCAGGAUAGAACAGAGUUCAAGCAUAAGUCAAGGCGAGAUGUGUAACGUGGAAAAACGUACAGAAAACUCGCAGAAACGAAAAGGUACAAUUGCCUGCGUGGUUGUUGUGCUUGUGUUUGUGUUUUCCUGGAUACCUCGCUCCAUUUACAACUUCGCAUACGUGUUUGGACGUGAUGAUCUCGUUACUCCACUUCUGGUUAACCUGUCAAUGUUUUUCCUACUUUUACAGUCGUGCACUAAUCCGAUCAUUUAUUCCUUUUAUCGGGCAGAUUUUCGGCAGGCCGCUAAAAGGAUUCUCUGGUGUACAUAA